AUGAAUAGGCUCAAUGAGAGUGUCUCCCAAGGGUUCGUCCUCUUAGCUUUCUCAGAUCGACCGUGGCUGGAGCUUCCACUUUUUGUGGUGUUCCUGGUUUCCUAUAUCUUGACCAUCUUGGGCAAUCCGGCAAUAAUUCUCGUGUUACGUCUGGAUUUCAAACUCCAUACCCCCAUGUAUUUUUUUCUUACCAAUCUCUCACUCUUGGACCUUUGCUACACCACAAGUGCAGUUCCACAAAUGCUGGUAAACAUAUGCAGCAUCAGGAAGGUAAUUAGAUAUGGCGGCUGUGUGGCCCAACUUUUCAUUUUCCCGGCCUUGGGUUCCACUGAAUGUCUCCUCCUGGCCGUCAUGCCCUUUGAUAGGUUUGUAACUAUUUGUCAGCCUGUCCAUUACUUAGUCAUCAUGCACCAAAGGCGCUGCCUCCAAUUGGCAGCUGCAUCCUGGAUUAGAGGCUUCAGCAACUCAGUAUGGCAGUCCACCUUGACGCUGCAGAUGCCACUCUGUGGCCACAAAGAAGUGGAUCACUUCUUCUGUGAAGUCCCUGCUCUGCUCAAGUUGUCAUGUGUAGAGACAACAGCAAAUGAGGCUGAACUAUUCUUUAUCAGUGUGCUAUUCCUUCUAAUACCCUUGACACUCAUAUCAUAUGCUUUUAUUGUACAAGCAGUGUUGAGAAUACAAUCAGCUGAAGGUCGGCAAAAGGUAUUUGGAACAUGUGGCUCCCGUUUAAUAGUGGUCCCGGUGUCACUUUUUUAUGGCACUGCUAUCUACAUGUAUCUGCAACCACCAUCCCCUGCCUCCAAGGACCGAGGAAAGAUGGUAUCCCUUUUCUAUGGAAUCAUCAUGCCCAUGUUGAACCCCCUUAUAUACACACUUAGAAACAAAGAUGUAAAGGAGCUUAAGAGGUUGAUUGCAAGGAUUUUCUUAAUCAAGAAAUAG